AUGGGUUCAACAUCCACUGGCAUUCCGCUGGAUACCGCUGCCAUCAUGUCAACAACUCUAGAAGGCAUUUUAUAUGGGUUUUCAGUCCUCAUGUUUAUAGGUACUAUCUGGACGUUCACCUACAAAAAACGCAUGCGGGACGUCAAUCGGCCAGCCGCUGCGGUUGCCGUCUCACUAUUUUUACUGAGUACUGCGCACUUGGUCGUGGACAUUAUUCGUAUAGAAGAAGGACUGGUGAAGUAUCGCAACACUUUCCCAGGCGGCCCAGUGGCAUUCUUCGCAGACGAUACCCAAGAGACGUAUGUGAUCAAGAGUGCGGUGGUUGUCAUGCAAACUCUGCUUGGCGACGGGGUAGUGGUUUAUCGAUGUUACGUCGUUUGGAAAUCUGUCCGGGUCAUCAUCCUACCAUGCAUGAUGUGGUGUGCUGUUGCAGUAUGUGGGACUUGUAUGGUCUACGACUUUUCGCUGACUAGCGAUGCCGAAAGUCUCUUCACUAACGAGACUGGACAUUGGGUCGCGGGGUUCCUUAUCUUUACUUUCCUAACCAAUUUGUUCAGUUCAGGAUUGCUGGCAUACCGCAUCUGGACAAUCGAACGCGAAGCCUCUACAAUCCGCACUAGGAAGGGUAUAAUGCCUAUUGUGCGCAUACUUGUAGACGCUGCUGUUUUAUACUCUGUGCCCAACUGCGCUGGGAUAAUAUGUUUGGCCCUUUCGAACAAUGGCCUAGCUGUCAUUGGAGACUUGAUUAAUCCGGUCAUCUCGAUUGCCUUCUACAUGGUGUUUAUUCGCAUCGCAAUCAAUAAAGAUAUUCAGGAAUUUCUCUCGACUGUCUGUGUAGGGAGAGGUGAGACAGACCAAGGGAUCCCGCUGCAUUAUCCUACACAGCCUUUGCAGGCUAGUACUACAUACAAGCAGAAUGAUGCAUCCUUCUGGCUGAAAUAG